AUGAAAGCGCGCCGUAACCAGAUUAAAAGUGGGGUUGACGCGCUUGCGAAUGCUGUAAAAGUAACUUUGGGACCAAAAGGAAGAAACGUUGUUCUCGAUAAGAAGUUCGGCGCGCCGACAAUCACCAAAGACGGUGUAACCGUUGCAAAAGAGAUCGAACUUGAAGAUCCGUAUGAAAAUAUGGGUGCGCAGAUGGUGAAGGAAGUUGCCUCCAAAACCAGCGAUGUUGCCGGUGAUGGAACAACGACGGCUACCAUUUUGGCGCAGGCGAUCUACCGUGAAGGCUUGAAGAACGUUGCUGCAGGUCGUAAUCCGAUGGCACUCAAGCGUGGCGUUGAGAAAGCGGUUGAAGUAGUUGUAGAGCGUUUGCAAAGCAUGAGUCGAGAGACUUCCGAGAAAACAGAAAUCGCACAGGUUGCUUCUAUCUCUGCCAAUAACGAUGGCGAGAUUGGAAACCUGAUUGCAGACGCGAUGGAAAAAGUGGGCAAAGACGGCGUUAUCACCGUCGAGGAAGCCAAGAGCCUUGAAACCACACUUGAUGUGGUCGAGGGUAUGCAGUUCGAUCGUGGCUACCUGUCGCCCUACUUUGUCACCGAUCCCGACCGUAUGGAAACCGUGCUUGAGGAAGUGUAUAUCCUCAUCCAUGAGAAGAAAAUUAGCGCGCUCAAAGACCUCGUACCGAUGCUUGAGCGAGUCGCUCAACAAGGCAGACCCUUCCUUAUCAUCGCAGAGGAUGUUGAAGGUGAAGCGCUAGCCACUUUGGUAGUCAACAAGAUCCGCGGAACCAUCCGUGGCGCAGCUGUCAAAGCCCCCGGUUACGGUGACCGCCGGACCGCAAUGCUCGAAGAUAUCGCUAUCCUCACGAAUGGACGCGUCAUCUCCGAAGACCUCGGAAUUAAGCUCGAAAACAUCGACCUGAACGAUCUCGGUCAGGCAAAGCGGGUUGUCAUCGACAAAGACAACACAACCGUUAUCGAAGGUGGGGGUAGCACCGAAGCCAUCCAAGGUCGAAUCAAUCAGAUUCGUAACCAGAUUGAGGACACGACUUCCGAUUACGACGGCGAGAAACUGCAAGAACGCCUUGCGAAACUCGCCGGUGGUGUUGCUGUCAUCAACGUUGGCGCAGCGACCGAAGUUGAGAUGAAAGAGAAGAAGGCGCGCGUUGAAGACGCUAUGCACGCAACCCGUGCAGCCGUUGAGGAAGGUAUUGUUGCAGGCGGAGGCGUUGCACUUGUCCGUGCAUCAUCUGCACUUGAUGAUCUCAGCCUCGAUGACGAGACCGAGCAGGUCGGUGUUGAUAUUGUACGCCGCGCCCUCGAAGAACCACUUCGUCAGAUCGCACACAAUGCGGGUCAAGAAGAUUCGGUCAUCCUCGCGAAAGUGAAAGAUGAAGCCGACAGCGUUGGUUACGAUGCCCUGAGAGAUGAAUUCAACGAUAUGUUCAGCGCAGGCGUUAUCGAUCCGACCAAAGUGGUCCGUGUUGCUCUUCAGAAUGCUUCCAGCAUCGCUGGUCUGAUGAUCACCACAGAGGCAUUGGUCGCAGACAUUCCUCAGAAGGAACCGCCGAUGCCGGCAGGACCUCCCGGUGGUGGUGAGAUGGGCGGUAUGUACUAA